AUGGCAUCGAAGGAGCACGCGUCCGAUAUUAAAGUGCCCAACACGUUGGGACAGCAGCUAGGACUAAACAUUGGUUGGAUUACGGAUCAGCAGUUUGCAUGCUAUGCAUUCGGGAGUGGGAAACGGAACCGCGCUCCGGUUAAAGAUUUUUCGUCUGUUGACAUCAAUCUGGUUGGGGCGAAUUUCAUCUUUGAGGAACCUGCUAUACGAUCGAUGAUUACGGAAGGUAGCCGAGUUUUUUACCGAUUGCAACGUUUGCGAUACGGCGUUGUGGAAGCUCCGUCCAAACCGAUCGAUUAUGUGAAAAUAUCCCAGAAGUAUCGUACCAUCUUGCGAAAGACACUGCAGAUCAUGAAUCACCAAAUCAGCGAACUGUCGGACGAUGAUCCGUCCCAGGAGACGUACCGCAACCUAAUAAGCUUGUUUUAUUCGAUCGAAUGUACGUGGCAUCUGCUGGAGUUUCUCGUUAUCGAUAGUAACUCUUCCGGUGCGAUCGUUUCGUCGCUGCUCGAGUGGAUUCGCUUUCAUUUUCCCGAACCGGAAAGGGCCGCAACCGAAAUGUUGCAGAGCGGACGCGAGCUAGACAAGCAGGAAGACUACUGGCCCGUCGUUAAGGGAUUGAUACUUCAGGGACAAACGACUAUCGCCCGGGCGCUUUUGCGUGUGCACACAAGCUCGGAAACGCACUGUUUCCAAGUGGCCGAACAGUUGCUCCAAUCCAUGCCGAUCUACAGCGUGUACAGUGGGCUGUCGGUGCACCGGUACAAAACGCAAUGGCAGUGUUGGUGCGACAACGUACGCACCCUCAUUACGGCCGGUAAUUUUGCGGCAGAACCGAAGCUGGAGGAACUGCUGCGACUGGUAGCCGGUGAACGAAAAGCUUGGUCCGAGCAACUUCGAUCGUCGACCUGCUGGUACGAAUAUUUUCCCGGCUAUCUACUAUACACCGAUUCUAGCUGCAAGUACUAUCAGUUGGGCCAGUACGCCAACGAUUGGAUUGCACAGUUUCUGACAAACUGGAGGGCUGCACCGGACGAUGUGUUGUCAGGCGAACGACAGUUCAAGUUUCUGGACAAGCUCGUUCUUUCGGUGAUGGAAAAUAAUCUUGUGAGCGUGUUGCAACAGGUACAACUGUUUCCGGACAAUCGUUGGUUUGCCGUCCACAUAGUCGAUCUGCUGUAUCAUGCGGGACUGCUAGAGAUGAGUGCCGGGGAUGAUGCGGAUGAGAACACAUCACCCUCAAAACAGUCUCGAGGUGACGAUGUUUCGGAUGGUAAACUUGUCCGCGAAUCGUUACUGUUUGAUUUCGGCUCGCUGCUAAUGUCGCGCAGCACAUUCUGGCAGGUUGGGAUGGAUUAUCUGGAAUUUUCCUCCACCGAAGGAUUAGGGGCCCGUGAAAUCUUGCUAGCGCGCGUUCCGUUUCAAACCGAACGGCAGGCCGAUCGGAUCAUAGCAGUUGCUCGACAGAACAACUAUCCCGACGUUGUGGCGGAGGUAUGCAAGGUUGUGACGAAGCGCAACCUCGCGCACAAGAACUACAGUGGAGCGCUCGAUUGGGCAACACGCUCACGGGACAGCUCGUACGUGCGUGAUGUAGCGAAUAUAUUUCUCGAACACUACUGUAACCAUGGUGAGCUGCUGUGCGAACAGCAAGUGUCUCACCUGGGUUCAAAGCUGUUCAUCUCGCCCAGACUGGUGUUCCUGGGAGCUUAUUAUGAUUUUCGUAGGUUCUACCGAGAGCAAUCAUACGCUAAAGCUGCCGAUCAGCUUAUACGUCUGAUGGACUCAAAGAUCAUGCCAUCGUACUUUUGGCCAUGCCUGAUGGCUGACGCCAUUCCACUGCUGGAGUUCAAUGAACCGAUCAUUCCUUCGAAGGAAACGUACACUAUUCUCGAACACUUGCAGAUGGACCUGGUUCCAAUGCUGAAAUUACGGCGGGAGAAGAAAAAGACCCCCAAGCCAGCUGAUACGAAAAUGGAGCAAGAUGAAACGGAGGCGGAUGAUCACGACCAAACAGCAUUGAUACCGAAAUUUUCCUCCAAUCUGCUCAACAACUGUACGGAAGAUUUGAUCAAAAUAUUACGCUUGGCGUGUGCCCGAAAUCUUUCCCGCGCUCUUAUUAUCGAAAACACAAUCAGCUCAUAG